AAACUAGGACUUAAUUUUGUACAAGUGAAUAUUGCAGUAGUAGUUGUUUGAUUUUCCUCCUCUUCUUCUUCCCAUCCUAUUAUUUCCUCCAUCUCCUCGCCAUACGUUUUCUGUAUUCCUCUAGAACAAAGCAUCUCACAGGUAAGGAGGGGAAGAGAUGUCACCGGUGACGAAGGCAACGAAGGCGAAAGUAGAGGUUUAUUACGGUGGUGAAACAUGCAGCGCGAAAUUCGCUCUGUUGUUGGCGGAAAUGGGGUUCCCGAACUGCCUGCUGACGGUGCUGGACAUGUAGGAGUGCGGGUACGUGAAGGACACGGGCCUAACAAGAUUAAGAAUCUGACGGGCGUGAAGGCCAGGGAGUUCUUGGUUUGGAUCAAUUUGACUGAAAUUUGUGUGGCGGAAGGAGAUGAUUCUCUGGCCGGUUUGUCCAAGUCUUUUCCAUUGUCUUUGUUUGGAGGAAUCAAAGCUCAAACAUUGGUUUUCAGAAAGGAAGUUGCUGGGUCAAACGAGGGAAACUGGUGCAACAAAUUGAAGUUGUUGGGGUUUUCUUGGGAAAGGGUGGAGAGAGGACUUGGAGGAGAAGGAAACACCCGGAGUUACCUCUUCUGGUGAGGUGAAAACUCAUUUUCUUUCAUUGAUAUUCUGCUGUAAAUAGCAAAAACAAUACAAUAUAAAACAAUACUUUUC